CUGAGUGCGUGUGUGCUACCUGCUGUGUGUGUGGCCGCCACUGCCGACAAGGUUACGGCCGUGAUUAUGUAAAAGUGAGCCUGCCGAAGAGGUGAAAAACGCCAUCGACCCUUCCCCCAUAUAUAUGGACAAGGGCAUCCGACCUGACCCGACCAGUGCACUUCAGACCCGCGAACGGACCGCGUGCAGUUCUCUCGCCGUCGCGUUCACCGCCGUUUCGGUGCAUUUUUAUCGGAUUUCAUACCACCCAAGAAGGUACCAAAUAUUUUCGCAUUUAAAUUCGAAAGAAAAUUAAUUAUUCCGCUGGCAAGGCACCCUUUCAUUCUCCCCGCCACUGUCGUUCAUACAUAUGCAAAUUAGCCUGCAAAGUGAGCACGUGUGUGUCGGGCAGUAAUUUAUUUGCUCGCGCUCAACUGGUCUGAAUUUGCUUUUUAAAUUGGAUAAAAAUCGCACCGAACGAUAAAAUCGGCUGUGGCCUAAAAUGAAAGUGUUGCUGGUGCUGCGUCUACUGCUGAUCCUGACGACGCACACGGGGCCCUGCCUGGGCCUCUUCUGUCUGCUUGUGGGCCGCAUCGUGCGCGACUAGAUGGCCCAACUAAAGGAGGCGCUCGCCCUGGCCGAGCGGCUCGCGUCGGGGGCCGUCAUCUCGCCCGCCUCCAAACGACGCUACCACUGCCUGGUCGAGCAGCCCGCCCCUGAGGCGCCUUCCCCGAAGUUCGUGCCACCCAAGCAACUGCUGCUUUAUCUCGUCAGGAUGGGCAGCUUCACGUCGGCGCCCAAGAUCCUGAACCAGGACCUGCAGGACAGCGAGGUGCACUUCCCGGAGCGGCUGUCGCGCGACCAGUUGCUCGAGAGGUGCCGUCGCGAGCAGCGCCACUUGCCCGUCAAGCGAGCCUUCCGGCCGUGCGCCUCGGGGGCGGCCAGCCGCGGCCUCCAGGACGGCGUGCGCCUGCUCCGCUGGAACGUGGUCAGCAAGCGGUGCGGAGAGGCCGCCGCCAGCCCGCACCACAUCAGGGUGCUCCAGUGGAACGUACUCUCGCAGGCUUUGGGAGAAAUGAACGACAACUUCGCCUGCUGCCCCGACGAGGCCCUGCAGUGGUCCGCUAGGCGCUACCAAAUUGUCGAGGAAAUCAUCGAGUAUUGCCCUGACAUCAUUUGCCUGCAGGAAGUGGACCAUUUCAAAUUCCUGAGCGGCGCCCUCGCCACUCAGGGCUACACGGGCAUGUUCUUCCCAAAGCCGGACUCGCCUUGCCUCUACAUCCAGGGCAACAACGGCCCUGACGGCUGCGCCAUCUUCUACAGAACGGACAAAUUCGACUUACUGAACAGCGAGAGCCGCGUUUUGGAAGUCUGGAGUGUCCAAAGCAAUCAGGUGGCGCUUUUGGUCAAUCUUCGCAUAAAAGAGACCGGGCGCGAAGUAUGCGUGGCAACGACGCACCUGAAGGCGCGCAACGGCGCCCUGCUGUCCACCCUGAGGGAGGAGCAGGGCAAGGACCUGCUGCGCUUUGUCGAGGAGCGGCGGCAGGAUAGGCCGUUGGUGCUGUGCGGGGACUUCAAUGCCGAGCCCAUCGAACCCGUCUACAAAAGCAUCAUGACGCAUUCUUCUGGACUGGGCAGUGCCUACGCGAAUGCACACGGCGGACAGGAACCUCCGUACACUACUUGGAAGGUACGUGAGAGUGAAGGUGAGGUGUGCCACACGAUAGACUAUGUCUUCUUUUCGCAAAGAGAAUUUGCCGUUGACGCAGUUCUCGACUUCCCGACGGGUGAGGAGAUUGGUCUCGGAAGGAUACCAUCAUUUAUCUACCCUUCAGACCACUUCUCGUUAGUGUGUGACCUCAGUUUCAGGGAGCAACGGGGAAUGAGCUUGUAGUUAUUAGAUUUUCUUGUCGAGAUUUGUCAAAAGUUUAAAAAGACCUGAUCAAUCGAUUGGAAAGAUUUCAAUCGAUUUUUUGUUAUGUAUCCUUUUUGUUUUUGGAAUGACUGCAUUGGUUUCUCUAUUCUUUUCUGAUAAUUGACAUGUUUAAAGACACAAAAGUAAUUAUUUUUAUAUUAUAUAGAUGUGAUCUCUUCUGUUUGUUGUUGUGCAUCUUUCUGAUGAUGCCAAUUACUGUUCAUACUGUGUCAACUACUGCGUAAAAAUAUAGAAUAAAUAAUAUUUAUUUUUGUGAUUGCGAUUUGAAGUGAUGUUAUGUUAUCUUGUGCCAAAUAUAACCGUAAAAUUAAAUUGUAAUCGGGCUGGAGUCUCAAAAGUACAAAAGCCGCGUCAUCGAAUGUUCUAUAUUUGCAUAAGCAAUAAAACUUUAAAAACAUGAUGAAAAAUGUAUUUUUCGGCAAGAGAGCUAUUUUAAAUGACUAUACAUUGUAUUUCUCUGUAAAUGAUAUGUGAUUAUCUGGUUUUGUUCGUAAAAUAUAUAAUAUACUCUUUUGAAUAAUACAAUACA